AUGAACGAAAACUCGAGACCUCGUAUUCCAAAUGAAUGGGUAAGAUAUAUGUAUGAAAAACUUGAAAGUGGUGAGUUAACUUACGCAACAGUUUUGAAAAAAGUUCCAUAUUCUUAUCAAAAUGUUACAAUUUUCAAACAAAUUUCAAGAAAUACUCUCAAAAAAGCAUUCAAAGAAAUCGGUGGUACACCAAAAAUUAAAAGUGCUCCUCCACAAGAGGAAUUAACUCCAGAAUUAAUUUUGAAGGUUCAGAAUUCUUAUGAAAAUUACAAAUGUGGGGUUCAAAAAAUUGUAUUGGACUCUCAAUAUGAAUCCAAAACAAUUUUAAAUCAGUUACAAUGCAGUUAUUAA